CGUACAAUUUCAAGUUGUACCAUAAAAAACAAAAACCUAUAGCACCAAAGCUAUAUAGCAUUGUAAAAUUCCUCAAGAAUAAUGUGCAUAACUAAGGGGCGACACACACUUGUAUAACUAAACCCGGACACAUAAUGUCAAGUGAAAUCAGAUAUAAGGGAUGAGAAUUAGUAUCCUUUUCAUUUUUUUUUUCAUUUGGUUUUUAUUUUAUUCGUUCUAAUUUGGAUUUAUUUUCAAUGAGGAAAAAAGAUUUCAUACCACCCAGAUCGACUUAUCGUUACCAUACUGAUACCACCUGAUAUCAAUUGGUAACUAUCGGAUUAUGCAUGGUUAUGUACCUCACAACACUUAAUUCACACACUUUUGUAUUUAUUCUCAUAAAAUUUAUACUUAUUCACGCUAUAUUGGUGUUUAUUUACAUUAUUGUAAAAUCAAUUUUUAAUUUUGAAAAAUAAAAAUUAUGUAUGUAAAUUAUGAUCCAUGCACCCUCAUCUCCGAUCCCUCCUUCCACCGCCGUUUCGUUUCUCACCGCCGCCACAUCACAACAACGUGCCAACUUCCCAUAUUGCCGGAGGAUCCAAACGAGCUGCGGUCGACCAUCCUAGGUUUUCUCCCCAGCAUGAAUCUUCGAUACGUUCGAGACGCUCUCCAGGUUCUGGAUUGCUUCAAGGACUUAGCUCCUGUGCGGGUUCUGGGAUCUGUGCUGUCAAUUUAAUCAAACUUGAAAGAUUACGACAACGCAUAACACCGAGAUUACGUGGUUUCCCCAAAAAUGUUAAUCGUUGAGACUAAUCCACGGGAGAAGGUUGUGAUUUCUUAUUCACGUUCGGAGAAGCUUACAUUGGCCGACGGCCUUCACCAAACAUAUAUACUCGGCCGCCCUCAAGCCCUAACACACGACAGGAAAGGAAAUUACGUACAUGGCUAAUUACAAAAAGGUACUUAAACCGUUAGCUUCUAACGUGUGCAACCUCAACGACGAGCUCGUUAGAUCGUACAUGGUCUGCAAUAAGUUGGUCCAUGCAAAGGCCCAUAUUCUUUUGUCAUUGAAAGAGCCAAGAAUAGUAAUCUUGAUUGUGCAAUCGUAGAUAUUUUUUUUUUUAUUACAUUGUGCAAUUGUAGAUUAAUUGUAUUCGAACAACAAUUCUGUAAUAAAGAUAUCCAAAUUCAUGUAAAAAAACAAUGGUUAAUUUUAAAAUUUAAACCCAAUUUAGUUAGGUUAUGAAAACAAAAUCUCUACAAAAAUUCUCAUCCCAAAUAUACCAAACCUCAAUAUGGAAAACGAGAUCAAAUCCAAUCCCGGAUUAAAUGAAUCCGCUAAAUACUCUCCUCUAUAUACUCUUAUUAUGACAUCUCUACUUCCUCUUCACAAACACCCUUCUCUCAAAUAAUAUCCCAUCUCCAUUACAUAGCAAAAUCAGGUAAAAAAAAAAUCACAUAGCAAAAUGGCUAGUCUAAGAACUCACUGUGGGAUGGCUUUGGCAGUAGUGGUAACUAUUUUGGCUGUUUUGGGCCAUGGUGGGAGCAAAUUUGUGGCAAUGGCUGAUCUUGAUGAUGAGCCAUGCAAAAGUGAUCUGCCUGGCUUGAAGGCAGCCUGCUUUGAUUUCAUCAAGUUUGAAGGCCCUGCAAUCCCUCCUUCAGAAGAAUGUUGUAAGCUCAUCAGAUCUGCUGACUCGAAUUGUACGUGCAACUUCGUGACCCCUGAGGCUGAAAAGAUGGUCGAUAUGAAGAAGGUGGUUUAUGUUGGCAGAAGUUGUGGGCUUCACAUCCCUGCUGGAUUCAAAUGUGGAAGUUAUAUAGCUCCACCUCCUUUGACGGUGGCAAGAGAUCGGCGGAAUAUUAAGAGGGGUCGCAAAGUCGCGAUAACUUCUCAAUAGUAUAAGAAUAGAUCGAUCGUGUAGCAAAACAUUGUUGUUCUUUUGAGGUGUUGCAUUCGACAUCAUGUGUACCCGGAUUUCUUAUUUUCCUUCCUAUUUUUCAUUAUGCAAUUGUAGUUAUGGGGUACUACAGAGUUUACCAGCAAACCAGAAAUAAUAAUAAUAAUAAUAAUAAUAAUAAUAAAGAAACGCAUUCACC